UGACACAUAGGGUGGGCCUCUCCUUCCCAGGGGGGCCUUUACUUAGAGUGAAACCAGAGCUGCUUAGAGCCCAGUAUUUGGCAGAGCCGUCUGCUUUAUGCCUUACCAGCAAAGGUACUGUGGUGUCUGCCAGCGUCCGCGUAUACCAGGCUCACUCCUGCCAGAACCACGAAGUCCCCUGCCCUUCAAGCCCUCGAGAGGUCUUCAUGAAUUGUCCUGGCUGGGAUAAAAGGCUAGUUUUGUUUCUUCCUGGCUGAUCUCCAUCUUGGCUUUGAGCCUUGAGUAAUAGUUGCCGAGGGAGGCAAUUUGUUCAGUAGGCAGAGCUCUGGGUAGGGAGACAACAGGCCUGGGUCAACUGGACAAGAACGUAAAGGGAUUUUUUUUUUUUUUUUUUUUUUUUUAGCUACAGUCAGAGCACAAGAUAACCAGGACAGGCAGGGGGAGAUUCCUGCUUGAAACAUGUGGUGGAUGAUUCUGGGAGGCAGAGCACACUUCUGUUGCCUUUCUCUCUGUGAAGGAAGAGCGAGCAGACUUGGUCCAACGGGCGCUCCUCCAAGCGGAGCCUUGGAGGGCAAGGCCGGCACCAUUACCUCCAACGAGUGGAGCCCUCCUAACUCCCCUGAGGGGAGCAACGUCUCUGGGGGCAGUCAGGCGUUGGACAAGCCCAUCGACAAUGACGCGGAGGGAGUGUGGAGCCCCGACAUCGAGCAGAGCUUCCAGGAGGCCCUGGCCAUCUACCCACCUUGUGGCCGGCGUAAGAUCAUCCUGUCAGACGAGGGCAAGAUGUACGGUCGGAAUGAGCUGAUAGCCCGCUACAUCAAGCUCCGGACAGGGAAGACCCGCACCAGGAAGCAGGUCUCCAGCCACAUCCAGGUGCUGGCUCGUCGCAAAGCCCGCGAGAUCCAGGCCAAGCUAAAGGACCAGGCAGCUAAGGACAAGGCCCUGCAGAGCAUGGCUCCCAUGUCGCCCGCCCAGGCCAUCUCCGCCACAGCCUUCCACAGUAAAAUGGCCCUCGCCCGGGGCCCAGGCCACCCAGCAGUCUCAGGGUUUUGGCAAGGAGCUUUGCCGGGCCAAGCCGGAACAUCCCACGAUGUGAAACCUUUCUCUCAGCAAACCUACACUGUCCAGCCUUCGCUGCCUCUGCCAGGGUUUGAAUCUCCUGCAGGACCCACCCCGUCGCCCUCAGCGCCCCCGGCACCCCCAUGGCAGGGCCGCAGUGUGGCCAGCUCCAAGCUCUGGAUGUUGGAGUUCUCUGCCUUCCUGGAGCAGCAGCAGGACCCUGAUACGUACAACAAGCACUUGUUCGUGCACAUCGGCCAGUCCAGCCCAAGCUACAGUGACCCCUACCUCGAAGCCGUGGACAUCCGCCAGAUCUAUGACAAAUUCCCGGAGAAAAAGGGGGGACUCAAGGAGCUCUUUGAACGGGGGCCUUCCAAUGCCUUUUUUCUUGUGAAAUUCUGGGCAGACCUCAACACCAACAUCGAGGAUGAAGGCAGCUCCUUCUACGGGGUCUCCAGCCAGUACGAGAGUCCGGAGAACAUGAUAAUCACUUGUUCCACCAAGGUCUGCUCUUUUGGCAAGCAGGUGGUAGAGAAAGUGGAGACAGAGUACGCCCGCUAUGAGAACGGCCACUACUCCUACCGCAUUCAUCGGUCCCCGCUCUGCGAGUACAUGAUCAACUUCAUCCACAAGCUGAAGCACCUGCCCGAGAAGUACAUGAUGAACAGCGUGCUGGAGAACUUCACCAUCCUCCAGGUGGUCACCAACAGAGACACGCAGGAGACACUGCUGUGCGUCGCGUAUGUCUUCGAGGUGUCAGCCAGCGAGCACGGGGCUCAGCACCACAUCUACCGGCUGGUGAAGGAAUAAGAGACUCAGGGAGCAGGGAGGGGGGAAGAGACGUCGUGUGUGCAGGGAUGUGGGGAGGGGAUCUGCAGAGGCCCGAAGUGCCAGGAGAGCGGAGAGGUCCCGACUCUUCCUGUCCAGGAACAAACUGUGCCUGAACCUGCAAUGCCCAACCCCAAAUAAACCCAAGAUGGUGUGUAUUUUCCCAGGACCUGAUCUGGCUGUCUGAGCCUCGGGAGGGACUGUGGGAGAAGGGGAGCAGACUGGGAAGCAGGCCAGAAGCAGCCCCACAGGUGCCCCAUGGACUCGGCCAGGAAUGUCGCCAGAUGCAGAGCUCCCGAUGGGAUGGAUCCCCUGCUGCCGUUCGAGCCCUGCACUGUGCUGCCGGCCGCGCAGGGGGUCGGGGCUUGGGUUCAGGGCUCUGUGCUGGGCAUCCCCGCGUAUGCCCCUGCAGGGACUGGUGCACGGUGUUGCGGCCACCACUGGUGCCCUGUCUGCAGGACAGCCAACAGGGAGGCUUGGUCCAGUCCAGGGCUCAGGUUUUAGGUGUGGAGGUGACAGUUAUUGGAAAGGCCGGGAGGGGAUGUAGCCAGAACUCUAGAAGUUUUCAUGCAUCCCCAGUGAGAGUGGGUUCCAUAACCCAGAGCUUGAGACCAGGAGGGCGGGGGUGGCGGCGCUGAGGCCAGCCUGUGGAGUUUAGGUGGUGCGGCUGGUGUCACGCAGCACUGUUUGUGGGGGUGAAGGCCGAGAAGGUGGGUCAUAGGUCUGUAGUGGACCGGUGGUCUCUAAGACCACCCAGUUUUCGUGUUCUGUGAGUCCUACCUUGGGCUCCCUGCCAGCUGGGGUGUCUGCUGGGUGGUGACUGCCUCUGAGCCAGCCCAGGCUUUGCGCUCCCUCCCGGGACAGUGGUAGUUUCUGUGUGCCCUGUGGGUGGAGGAGGGCUGUGGAGCCCACCCUGGGCCUCGGGAGAACCAGUGAAGGGUUCCCUGGUUUCUCUCUUCAGAGAACUGUACAGGCUUAGGGUUUUGGUGGUCCUGGCUUCAGUCCCGGGAUUUUUAGCUGUCUGACCUGUCUGAGCCUUGGGGUCCUUUGCUCUCCGUAAAGGGGAGGGCAAUGGGGCAAUAGCAGCGACCUUAGAAGGCCUUAGUGAGAAGGAGAGCGGACGUCUGUAAGUGCCUGGUGCAAGAUGCACUAAAUGAAUGUAAUUGUUUUAUCCUCCCCUCCCUCAGGGAGGCCUGGGUCUGGUUCUUUGCUGCCAUCUAGUGGCCCUCUUAUCACCCUUAGUGGGAACCACAAUUCCAGAAGCCUGGAGCAGAAGGGAAUGGAGGUUCAACCGGCAGGUGUUUACUUUGUGCCCAGCACUCAGGGAGCUAUUAUGGGAGUACAGAAGUGACUAAGACAGCAUCUAGGAGGUGUCACGGAAUGGUGGUUAGGAUUGAGGGCUUGAGUCAGACAGCUAGGGUCAAAAUCCUGGCACUCAGUCGCUGAGUAGCUUUGUGGCUUUGGGGCAAGUUACUUAAUUUCACUGUGCCUCAGUUUCCCCAUCUGUAAAAUGGGUAUUAUAAGAGUACCUACCUCGGAUACGUAGAGUGCCUAGAAUGUGCCGAGCACAUAAAUGUGUUCGAGAAAUAUACAUUAUUAUUAAUAGCCGGAGCUUGCAGUCUGAAGAGUUGGACUGGAGAGCUCCUAAGCGGGGCUGGCUGUGCCUCACCGAAGCUGGAGUUCAGAGCUGCCAGAGAGCAGGGGUUGGGAGACCCAGGGAAGAGGUUGCGGUGGAGAGGGGCUGCCCCUUAGAGGAUGGGCAGUGCUUAGAUAAGCAGGUGGGACGAAGGCUGGCCAGCAUUCCAGAUGGGGAAAGGAAGCCAGCUAUCUGGUGUCCUGCCCUCACAGCCGGGGGCUGCCUCUUCUCCCCAGAAAACAACUUUAACCAAACGCCUCUGGACUGCUGCUAGACCUCGUGCCAAGUUGCGUGACUCCACUGUAUGUGGGGGUCGGCUCUCAUAAAAGACGUGCUGUGGGGCGGGGGUCAUGGGGUCCGGGAGGCCCUGAGCAGACAGCAUGUGCUCACAUGUCCAUGGCGGGUUUGUGUGAGGCUCUCCCGCCCCUUCCCGGUCACUGUCACAACCCUCACCCUGCGCCUUUCCCCUCGGGCUGUUUGGAUAAGGAGAACUCAUGACGCCUCCCCUUCUGGCUUGACUGGACCUUCAGGCAGAUGCUCACAAGGAUGCGUGAGCAGCCUCUUGGCCGUGGCACAUAUGCAGGGGGUCAGGAGAUGAGCCUUUGGAUCACGGUGACAGCGAGGCAGGGCAGAUGCCCGGGCCAGGUGUGAGCUGGGCAUGCUCCCUUCUCUUCAGGAGCUGACCUCAGUUGCCUCGUGGAAAGUCACGUACUUAGAGCUGUAGGUUCCAGACCUUUCAGCCAUGGGGAAUGCAGGUGUAGAUGCCUCUCCCCCUGGUACGGUGCGGGCUGUGGCCCUGGGGGCCAGUGGGAGCCCUGACCUGGCCCACCACUCUCCCAGGCUUGUCUGGCACUUCCCUGCGCCCUCUGAAUCAGGCAUCCUUCCCUGCCUUUAGGCCUUGGCCCUGCAGCUUCCCCUGGCCAGUUGUGCCCUGGCCUCUCCUCCUCCUGGAGAACUCCUACUCGUACUUCAGGGGCCGGCACGCGGUCACCCCCUUUCAUGCGGAAGGGUGAGUCACACCUGCCCUUGUGUGGCAGAGCCUUCUGUUUCUGACCCAGAACACAGGGACUGCUGUCGUCCCUUCUCAUCCUCAGUCAGGGGCGCUGUGCCGUCCCCAUGGGACAGGUGCAGGAGGCAGGGCACAGAGCCGUGACCUCACUUCCCUGGAGUGUUCAUGUGUUCACUCACUCAGUUAGCAGCUGUUUGCUUCUGCUCCAUGCCGGGUGCUGGGAUCACUGACCCAGGCAGACAGGGUCCACUGAGGAAGAAAACGAAGUGAGCAAGUAAUGGGACGUAUAGCCUGACACAUGCUUUCAAGGCAGAGAAGGGUGCUGACGUGAGAGUCCCUGGGGAAGCCUUGCGGCCUGGGGAAGGUGAGGGGAAGGCAUUGUGAGGAGAGGCAGGGAGGUAUGGUGUGGGGCAGGUGCAGAAAGAGAGAGCUGUAUGGGCUAAGCUACAGGGGCGACGGGCUAGAUCAGGCCCCGGGCCAGCCGUCCAGACCCCCGGGGGCGAGGGGGAAGGAGACGCAAGCCAGCUCCCUCUCCCAGCCCACCACCCUCUAGCUUGGCAAGGUCUUUGGAUUUUAUUCCAUGCGAAGGGAGGUCCUAGAAGUGUUUGAAGCAAGGGAGUAAGUCUUUUUGAUCUUUAAUCUUCGAUUUUUUUUUUAAGAAACCGACGCCAGGGCUGGUGAGGCCCACAGAGAAGCAUGUGUAAUUGUCUGCUCCUGGGUCUGUCUUUCCUCCCAGACUCUGUCUGUGGGUGGAGACUGUAGCUUCCUCCGUCUGUUACUUUCUGUAAACCAAACACCAGGUCUGGACCACAGCAGGUGCUCAGUAAACAUCCGCCGAAGGAGGGCUCGUGUACCAGGCAGUGCGAUUCCUGCUGUUUGCACCCCGGCAGGUAAGGGCCCUGAGCCCUCGAGGGUGGAGUCCUUGGCCCUCCUGACCUGUCUAGAGCUAGCCGGGUGCAUGGCUGGGCUGGGGACAUGGAAACAGACCUCUGGUCUGCCGGUGACCGAGCACACUGCCUCAGUGGCCACCAGUGACUUCCGUGGAGUGGGGUGAGCGCCCCCACAGAGGGGCUUAGGGUGCGUAUGUGUGCAUGGGUGCGUGUGUAGACACCCACUCUGCCCUUCAGGACUAAAGCUGGUGGAGCAAGGAUCGGGGGGCAGCCGUGGCUUGGGACACUCAGACUGUGCCACCUGCAUCCUCUCCCCAGCUGUGGGCUUUGGGGGACAGUGGGCAGGGCAUACUGACGGGGCUGGAGGUAGGAGGCAGGCAGCUCUUGUUGGCCUGCGGUGCCGGGCCUGGUGCGGGGCUCUGUGGGGUGUGCAGCGCUCCCCGGUCCAGACCUGCACGGUGUGAGGUAGAGCGGCAAUGGGUUUUAGCUCGGGGGCGGGGGUAGCCCGCAGUUGCCAUGUCCCAGCCCCUCUUCUGUUACCUGGUGUAUCAGCUCCAGAAGUGAAAAUAAGAAGCUGUGCCCCAAAGACUUAAAUCGAGACGGGUGUCAUUCUCAAGAAGCCAGAGUGGCUGCUGCCACAUUCCGCAGCCUCGAGCAGUUAGCCCCCGCUCCCAGACCCUCGUAGCCCCGCUUGUUAGAUGGGACUCACAUGGCUUUGACUUGGGGCUGCUGUUGGACAGAGGUGACAGCCUGAGCUCACGGUGGGCACCCAGGAAGUGGUGGUGACUUAGGUGUGUUAGGACCUGCCCUGACCUCUGCUCUUUCCACCCCGAACACGCGCACACGCACACACACACACACCCACAUGCACACGCAUGCGCACAUACGUUCACAGAAAACGCCCAAAUGUGUCAGCCUGGGCCCACGAGGUGGCCUGGCUCUCAGGGUCGUGGGAACUGUCCAGCACAGAGACCACGCAUAGACUUUUGUCCUUGGGUCUCAGAAAUGGGGAGUGUUCUUACCCGAGGAAAUAAGUCUGUGGCACGUGAGGGGGAAGAGGCCCCGGGGAAGGGGCCUCCUCGACAGGGAGCGCGCAACCAAUGGUGGGCCAGGCCACCCUGAGUAAGAGGCCGUCUGCGAUUGGGCUCGGUUUACUUCCUGGGAGAGGACGGGGGAGGUGCCCCCGUGCUGCUGUACGGGUCUGGAGCCCAGUUGGCUGGAAUGGUAAUGUCUUUUUAUUUUUAAGCUCGUGGAUGUCUAAUAUUCAACUUUAAGUUUUUGUAUUUUUGCUAUGUAACCCUUGUCCCCCCAAAUCUUCAGUAAAGUCUGCUACCUACA